GAUGAACGUUCUGGUUUAUUUUCAUGGAGGAGGAUUCAUGAUGGGAACUGGUAACAAAGCCUAUCCAGAUUAUAUUUUACAAGAUGACGAUAUCGUUUACGUCAGUUUAAAUUACAGACUUGGAAUAUUAGGUUUCUUCAGCGCUAAUCAUCCUUCAGCACCCGGAAAUUAUGGGUUGAAAGACCAAGUCGAAGCUUUACGAUGGGUCAAACGUAAUAUUCGUGCUUUUGGAGGAGAUCCCAACAAAGUAACCAUAUAUGGAAAUUCAGCAGGAGGAGCUAGUGUCCACUAUCAUUUACUUUCUCCACUAAAUAAAGACCAUUUUCAAAGUGCAAUCUCAUCUAGUGGUUCGGUUUCACUUCCUUGGUCAUUACCCACAUACACGGUGGAGAACUCAGAAAAAGUAGCUUCAGCAUUCAACUGCAGUUAUGAAAACGUCGAAAGAAUGAUGGCAUGUUUGAGAAACAAACCUGCUAACGAAUUGAUCGAGGAAGGAUCACCAUUCAAGAAUGGAGUUUACAGGGGAGCUCUGUUUUUCGGCCCAGUGAUCGAGCCUAAACAUCGUGGAGCAUUUUUAACCGAAAAUCCCUAUCGUUUGUUGAAAGAUGGCAAAGUGAAGCAAGUACCAUUUCUGACCAGUCUAGUAGAAACUGAAGGAUCAGUUGUUGGAUUAGAAAUAGUAUCCAAUGAUAAAUUAAUGGAGCAAUGGAAUCACUAUUGGGAUGUAAUGGCUCCCAAAUUAUUUUUCUAUAGUCAUUUACGUUCAAAGUCUAAACAAAAUUACAUCAGUUCCUCCAUAAAAAAGCAUUAUUUUGGAGGCGAAAAUUUAUCUAAUCAAACUACCAGUGAAUUUCUGCAAGCUUUAGGAGAUCGUUACUUUUACAGUGGAGUAAUUGAAACCACCAAGUUACAUUCUUCAGCUUCAUAUGAAAAUACCUAUUGCUUCAAGCUUUUUUACAGAGGAACAGAAAGCGUCUCUGAUUUUUAUCCAAACAACAAUGGAAAAAAUUACGGAGUUUGUCACACCGACGACAUCGUUUACGUUUUGAAAUCCUACAAUGGAAAUAAAAAAAAUAAGAAUGAUAAGGAUAUGUCCAAGUUGCUAUGUUCAAGCAUCAUCGCUUUCAUGAAACAAGGGUACAAAAUCCAAGGACUCAGAAAAUCCGAUGGGAACCAAUCUAUAAGAAUGGUACAAUGA